AUGUGUCUCGUGCAUGUGAGCCUUGUCGCCGAGCAAAGACAAAGCGGGACCGACUUCCGGAAGCGAGGCGACUUGAAGCGGAAGAUCGAUGAAUUGGCCGACGACAGCGAUCUUCUUCACGAUCUGAUCAAUGCCAUGCAUCACAGCGACGACGAACAGAUCUUACAAAUUGCAGCUCUUGCUAAGAGUAACGCGCCUGUCGCUGAGCUUAAACUGUGUCUCAAGCAGCAGAUAAUCGACCUCAAGAUCCAAGGCCGAGAGAGGACUCCCGAGUUCGAGGAACUCCGAACACACCUCGAAGAGCAAGAGCAGAUCCCUACCCGCCGAAAUGGUCUCAGCAUCGCGUCCUUGACCGACAACCCUCCAUUCCGCGGAAUCGCCUCAUCAUGGACAACAAUAGCUGACGAUGAUCUUCUAAUCUCGAACCUCGUUUCGGUCUUCUUCAUAUGGGAAGGAACUUUCUACAAUUGGAUCGACCGAGAGCUGUUCCUCGAGGAUAUGUUGGCAGGUCGUGGUCAGUAUUGUUCGUCAUUCUUAGUCAAUGCUCUACUGGCAUUCGCAUGCCCCUAUUCGGACUAUCCAGAGGCAAGAUCAAGCAAUGGCAAGCCAUCUUCCUUGAUGAGCAAGUUCAUUUCUGAGGCCGAACGUUUACUGGAGGACCAGCCGUCAAAUGUUGCCACUGUUCAGGGCAUAGCCUGUCUUUGCAAUGCCAAGUGUAUCAUCGGAGACGAUCGCGCUGGAUACGCUCUCUUGACGCGUGCUGCAGCGCUCUGCCAUCAGAUACAGACUUCGGACUUCUCAGCCGCGGACAUCCCGUCGUGGCUUUCCUGGGGUGUCUUCAAUGCGAACACAGCGGCAUCGUUCUUUCUACGGCUACCUCAGUUGCUGCCUCCACCGAAGCAGAGCUUGCCGUCACCAACCUGCAUUGACCCACCCUAUGCGCCCUACCCGUUAUCUCGCGAGCCACUACAGCUGUCUACACGAGAGCUUUUGCAUCACAAAGCUAGAUUUUCAUUGGUUAUCAAGGAUAUGAAUGCGCUUGUCGCGCAAACGGCCUACCAUUUCACUGUGGUCUUGACACUCCUGCAGCUAAUAUCAUCCCCGUCAGCAGAUAUUCAAAAAUUGUGUAGAGACGCCGCUCUGGAAAUCACCAAGAUCUGCCGCAUAUACCAGUCCUCCUACGGAGCAUCGCCCACAAGCCUCUCUCUCACGGACUCAAUCUACAAGGCUCUCUUCGUACUCAUCAACGAAGCAGAUUCUGAUGGAAAGUACGAUUCAGAAAUUCUAGAUUUGUGUAUUAUGUUCCGUUCCCUUGGCCGCCGGUUUCCCUUCACGCUGGCCGUGUUCCGCACGUGUCAUCAGGUCGCGUUGAGAGAGAAGAGCCACCGAUUGCCAAACUCUACCGCCAAGCUGUUCGAAGAUUUCGACAGGGAGGAUUGGGCUGCGACACAGCUGGAGCGGGUCGCAAGUUAUUACCCUGUGCAGGGGUCUGCGAAGGUAGAUGUACGGAACAUCGAGGAGUUCUUUGAUAUGAUGAAGGAGCUGGAGAUCGGGAAGAAGUGA